CAAGAACCCUAAUUAUUAUAAUGAAUACAAAAAGAGAGAUGCAAAUUACAAAAUAAAAAUAACAAUAGAAAUAAGCAAAACAAAAGCCUCCUCUCCCUUAUCUUUGCCAUCCCAUCAUCUUCUUCUUUUUCUUUUUAUCCUCCUCUCCUCAUCCUCCUCUCUCACUAAUCUCUCUUUUCUGUAUAUUAUUCUCUUGUGUUUGAUUCCCCACACUCAUAUAUUAUCAAAAUUAAAACCCUUGAAAACUUUCUAAAAGAGAAAAGGAGAGAUCAAAUUAAUUUAUACCAUGGUUUUCUCAUCCGUUCCACCCUAUCUAGAUCACCACAAUUGGCAUCUCCAGUUGCAACAAUCCAACCAUCAACAAGCAAGUGGUGCUGGUGGCGAAAAUCCUAAUCUCCCACCACCACCACCUCCUCCACAACCUGGUGGUGGUGGUGGUGGUGCAAAUGGAGAAGGUUCGAUCAGACCAGGAUCUAUGGUAGAUCGAGCAAGGAUGGCCAAGUUACCCAUGCCGGAGCCAGGAUUAAACUGCCCACGUUGCGAUUCCACCAACACCAAGUUUUGUUACUUCAACAACUAUAGUCUAACCCAGCCUCGGCACUUUUGCAAGACAUGCAGGCGCUACUGGACACGAGGUGGUGCUCUAAGAAAUGUUCCAGUUGGAGGAGGUUGUCGGAGGAACAAAAGGAAUAGCAAAAACCGAAGCUCAAAAUCUCCAAGCCAAACCGGGCUUAAAUCUGUUAGUGAAAGUCCAUCAAGGUGUAGCGCAGAGACUAUGGCAAGUACUCAACUUCCUCAUCCUCCCUCUCUUCAAUUGCCAUUCAUGAGCUCUCUGGGUCAAUAUGGAGGUGGUGGUGGUGGAAAUAUUAGUUCAAAUCUUGGUGGAUUUCAGUCUCAAAAUGAAAUGGGUAAUUUUCAAUUAGGAAGUGGGAGCUCAACUGGGAACAAUUUUAACAAUAUUUUAUCAAUUGGAGGGGUUGAAAAUUGGAGAUUGCCUUUCAUGGCUGGAUUUGAGGUACCCAGUAACAGUAAUCUAUUUCACUAUCAAAGUGAAGGUGUAGCUGACGCACCAUCAUCAUCCAUGGGAGGAGGAGGAGACAUACGAAUACCAAACUCUGAGAUUGAUAAUAAUCAGGUAGAUCCUCCAGUGAAGAUGGAAGACAAUCGAGGCUUAAAUUUAUCAAGGCAGUUUCUUGGUGUUUCGGAAAGUACAAAUAACCAACCAUGGGGGUUUCAUAGGGAGGGAGAGAGAGGAUUUCUUAGUAGAUUAAUUAAAGGAUUUCAGCUCAAAGUUGCAUGUAGCAGUCUUAUAAGGGAAGCAAUGAACUGA